AUGCCAACACCCGUCUUACUGUCACGUGGACUCGACCCGGUGUUAGGCAUUUUCACGGGUUGCUUUGCCUAUUACCUUCACGAAACGCAUCCACGCACCGCACCCCCGCCAGACAAACAGCUUGCGGCACUCGUUCAGUGGAAAUGGGCAAAAUGGAAGCGUGAACGGGAGGAAAAGCUGGAUGCGCUCGAGAGAGAGGCAGAAACAUCUUCCAGAGUAGUCGGUUGA